AUGCGGCUGGAGCUGCUGCUGCUGAAGCUGCUGUUGCUGCUGCUGCUGGAGCUGCUGCUGCUGGAGCUGCUGCUGCUGUUGCUGCUGGAGCUGCUGCUGCUGGAGCUGCUGCUGCUGGAGCUGCUGCUGCUGCUGCUGCUGCUGCUUGAGCUGCUGCUGCUGGAGCUGCUGCUGCUUGAGCUGCUGCUGCUGAUAUGCAAGCAGUGGGUGCUGCGGCUGCUGGUGCUGCUGGUGCUGGUGCUGCUGCCGUUGUUGCUGAAACGCCAGCAGCAGAUGCUGCUGGGGCUGCUGCUGGUCCUCAUGCUGCUGCUGCUGCUGCUGCAACACCUGAAGCUGCAGCUGCUGCUGCGGUCAUCAGCCUGA